AAUAACACAAGUGACCGAAAAUAUUCCGAAGAAAAUACUACGCCGAAUAGAAGAAUUUGCUAACGUUAUAAAUAAACAUCUUUAUCUUUAUGAAUUUGGUGUAUAUUUCAAGUUCUUUUAUGAGUGAGAGCGGUGUAAAAUGUUUUUCUUCGUAAAUAUAGUGUUAACGUAACGAUGCAUUUAUCAAAGUGGGUUUAAGUCUUAUCUCUGUUGGCGUCCUCUUGUUUUUUAUGGUUCAAGUUCACAAUGGCAACAGUCGAAGAGACAGUUAAAGUGGCGGUGGUGACUGACCGCUCGCCGAAUAUCGUACGAUGCUCCAGUACGAUGACUGCGGAGGAGUUGUGCAUUAUUUUGUGUAAAAAGUAUAAAAUUCCUCCUCUUACUCGGACGCUUUUCGCGUUACGAGUCAAAGGUAGAGAUUAUUUUCUCAAAGAUAACGCUAAAGUGUUGUCCAGCACCAGAGAUUAUGAGCUUCGAAUUCGUUUCAAGGUGCCGAGGCUGGAACUGUUGAUAACUCUAGAUGAAACAACAUAUGACUACUACUUCCUACAAGCAAGGAGUGAUGUAUAUGAGAAUAGAAUUCCUGAGAUCAAAUACCCUGAACAUAAGAAAGAAAUGCUUGGUCUUGGGAUCGCUGACAUGACACGCGCCACGGCCGAGGAAAAAUUGUCGGUAAACGAUGUGGUGAGGGAUUACAAAAAAUAUAUACCGAAAGUGAUCGUUAGAAGACAUGGUCACGUCGCCAAGAAACACGCUCACGAUCAACUACCAAAGCUAUGUUCUGUCGGCCACAACGUGAACUACAUAAAGAACCUAUACCUACAACAAUUAUACAUAAUGGCGCCCAACUAUUUGGCGGAGGAGUAUGACAAUGUUCUAUGGCAGAACGGCAACGAUGUGACUCCGGUGAACGUUGUGGUUGCACCUUUCCACCCCCACCAACCCGGUAUAAGGAUCUUCAAUACUGUUAAACGGGAAUGGAUCCACGUGUGUAAAAUAGAAGAAUUAAUUUAUAUUACAAGGAAUGGAGAAAAUUCGUUGGAAAUAUCUAGAAGAGGGACUCCGCUGUUCUUUAAGUUUAAAUCUGAGGAGCAUAUAUCUUCGUUUAUAUCAGUUUGCGAUGGCUAUUACAGAUUAAUGGUGAAAUGGACAUUUAACUUGUCUAAAGACGACGAGACACCGUCUCUGAAGGAGUUGCAAAGAAUAAAAUGUCACGGCCCGGUCGGGGGCGCGUUUUCAUAUAGAAAGUUGGAAGAAAAACGUUCUAAGAAACAUGGUUGUUAUAUAUUGAGACAGUGUCAGGACGAUUACAAUGUCUAUUAUUUAGACGUAUGCACAAAAAACAGCACAACAGAGACUUAUAGAAUAGAAUUUAAGGGUCAUUGUUACGUGGUGAACAAUGAGGAGUACUAUAGCAUCGAGAGGCUAGUCGGAUGCCACCAGAACCCAGAAGGCAGAAUAUUCUUAAACGAAUGCAUACCACCGUCGGAAUAUGAUAAGUCACAAUUACUGCUGUGUGGGGAGCCAGUGAAGAGAGGUGUCCGCAUCGACCAGGCUGAACUCCAAGAUAUACUCAAGGAUAACAAGAGCCCGCGAUGUCUGCCCAAUAAGGACAUUCUCUUAUACACGGGUUCAGAAAAGAUCGGUUCCGAGAAUAUAACGGCGACGUACAAAGCGCUGUGGAGGCUCGACGAGACCAAGAAGUUGGUGGUCGCUUUCAAAACUUUACAGAGAGAAAAGGCUAAUGAUCAUUUGAAGGAUUUCGUGGAGUUGGCGAGUAAGUGGGCGUGUGUCCAGUCUAGUUCAAUGGUGCGCCUAUACGGAGUGACGCUCAGCUCACCUACCGCGCUUGUACUCGAGUACCUGCCCUACGGACCCUUCGACGAUUAUCUCAGGGAGAACGAAGAGCGUAUAAAGCCGCUUCACUUGAAGAAGGUCGCGGCAGGGCUGGCUCGUGCACUAUGGGACCUGUCGGAGGCGGGUAUAGUCCACGGACAUAUACGUUGCCGACGACUCUUGGUCGCCGCGCAUUCUGGAGACCGCAUCAAUGUCAAACUCUCCGGACCCACGCUCUCACAUUAUACACAGCAUGACGUGCAUUGGAUGCCAGUGGAAUUCUUCUCGGACAUGAGUAUGGCGAAGCGGUCGGUGACGGGCGAUAUCUGGGCCUUCGCCACCACGCUGUGGGAGGUCUUCUCCUACGGACAGUCGCCCACUGAGACCAAUCCUGUACUGACUGCCAGGAGUUACGAGAUGGGCGACCGGUUGCUCCGUCCGGCGCGGUGCCCGGGCGAGGUGUGGGCGCUCGUGCGCCAGUGUUGGCAGCCCGACCCACUGCGGCCGCAGGAGAUCAUGCGAGACAUGAACCAUAUGCUGCAUCGAGAGUAUGUGCCAAUCCACGAGUACGAAGAGCCAAAGAUAUCCCUUGAACAUAUGGAACACGCUGAGACUGUUUCAAGUGACAGGUUUAUUCCGAGUGAGCUGAGCGACGCCGGCAGCAAUAAGUCCUUAAUAUCAGACAGUAGUGUGCUCUCCAUGAACGGAACCAUGUCUGAUCAAUAUGACAAUCCAUUUGCCGACAACAAGAGCUCGAACUCGUUGGAGAGUAUGAACGGUCUGCCGUACGGGUUGCGCAGCGAGUUGCGCAACGAGUUGCGGUCGCGCAACAGUGGCAGCGUGUGCGCGGCGCGCGCGCUGGACGACGACGGCGACCUCGCGCCCGCGCCGCGCCUCAUGGAGUCCAUCGUGUCGCAGGGGAAGACCUACCUCGUCACGCUCACCAAGAAAAUUGGCAGCGGUAACUACGGGCAUGUGUUCAAGGGUUGGAUGGAGCGCGACAACCAAGAAUCUCAACGGAGAGAGGUGGCUGUGAAGAAGUUGACGAGACAGGCCUCCGAGAGGAACGGCACUCUAUACGAGGACUUCAAGAACGAACUGGAAAUUAUGAAGUCGCUACAACACAUCAACAUAGUCGAAAUAUUGGGUUAUUCGUGGGACCACGGGUCGGACGUGCUCAUAGUGAUGGAGUAUCUAGAGGAGGGCUCUCUAAACUACUACCUCAAGUUCCAGGGGGACAAACUAAGGAUCUCACACCUACUCAAGUACGCGAGGGAUAUUGCUACGGGUAUGGACCAUGUAUCCGCUAAGAACGUGGUACACCGCGAUCUAGCCACGCGGAAUAUUCUAGUCGUGAACAAAUACCACGUGAAGAUAUCGGACUUCGGCCUCGCCAGGAUUAUACCUAAAGAAGAAAACGCGUACAGACUUAAGACUGAACGACUACUGCCUAUUAAUUGGUACGCCCCCGAGUCGGCGGUGGAGCCGUGGCACUUCUCCACCAAGAGCGACGUGUGGUCGUACGGAGUGACGGCGUGGGAGAUAUUCACGCGCGCCCGCCAGGAGGUGCCCAAGUUCAACCCCGAGCGACCGAGGGAACGAGCCUCGUGCUUUCAAAUACCGGAGGGCUGUCCCUCAGAGAUAUUCAGGCACCUGAUGAAGGACUGCUGGAAUUUGGACCCGACCCUACGGCCGAAGUUCAUCGACCUCGUGCAUAUGUGCAAGCGAUUCAUGGACGAAUAUAAGUAGAACAUUUCUUUUGUUUAUUUCUUCAAUAAUGAAUUAAUUAUAAGAAAAUAAGUUCCUUUUUCCUUUGUUCAAAUCUGGAGGCUUAGUAUUAGUUUGUUUUAUGUGUAACGAGAUCAAAACGUUACCGUGUACGGCGCUCUCAUUGGUUGGUUCAUUAGAGCCGGCCAAUCAGAGGCCUUAGUACGAGUUUGUUCUACGUUUAAAGUAAUCGUAACGAGUACGCGUUCGGCGGCCUCAGAGCGCGCAACGCAGUAACGUUUCGAUCUUGUUACACGCAAAACAAAGUCGUAAUAAGCCCUCUAGUAGUGACUUUGCAGCUUGAAAUACGAUUGCUCGUCUAUAUAACUUGCCUAUACAAAUAAUUAGUGCAUUAUUGAAGAAUAUAUCAAAAUUGUCACAAUAUUAUGAGAGAAAAGAUUUCAGUAUAUUGAUAUAUUUUUACGUAAAAUAAAUGUCGUAAUGUUGCGUCUAUGUAUGUAGGGGUAAAGUUUUGGAUUGAUUCUAUAUUUCUGAUGUUUAUAUCGUUGUAUAGUUAGAGGCCAUAUUUCACACGUUGUCUUUGUUAUUAUUAUUGCGCUAUUUGCACAAACGGUACUAGCUAAUCGAUUGUUUAUUAAGUAUGUGUUUUUGUGGUUCCUCGAAGCAUUUGCCUUAGUUCUGUAUAGUAAAGCUACUUGUAAAUAUUUAUACAAAUGUUAUACCCGUUACACUAUGUAAUGUAUCUCAAUCAUGUGGAAUCUAUUAUUCGUGUUUUCAGUGCAAUCAUUGAGUGGACGUCUUAUAUUCAGUAAUGUAUUUUUUGUUAUUGUUCUUGUCCUAGUGUUUGUAUAUUGUAUUAUUUUGACUUGACUAUGAUUUUGUAUCGUUAAUUUUGACGUACUUGCCGUGUAUUUGUGACUAAAUGAUGAGUCAAUGAUAGUGUAAGCAGAGUUAUUAUAACAUUGUGUAAGCAAGCAGUGUAAGUCUCGCUAGUCCAACCAUUCUAGAACUGUAAUACUGGCACAAAUGUUUGAACAAAUAUUGGCGUUGAAUGAAUUUGUAUGCAUUUCAAUACUGCAAUUAGAUGACAACGAAAUACUAACACGCACACGUUACGUAGAAUGGUCGCCGAGACCGAUUCACUAUAAAACCAAAGAUGAUAUUAAAAUAUGAACAUUAAACCUAGAGAUGAAAUAAUUUUAAGAUUUUAUUAUCUGUGUACAUUUUUUUAAUUUGCUUUAUUGUAAGUUAUGCAAUUCACUGUUGUGACAAAUAAACGUAAUUAUAAUUUAAGUUAGGUACAAAAAUGUAAUCGGGUAAUGAGAACUAAAUGUAAUAUUAUUUUAGAAAUUUAUUAUUGUUUAGAUAUGAUUGGGAAAUAUUUUAUAAAAUUGUUUUUUUAAUUAUUAAUUUUCGCUACAUCGCGUGUCGAUGUGUUGAGGAAUUGGAUUGUGAUUACAUAGACUGACAAAUGGAGUAUCGGUGCUAUAAGGAUGAAAUAACGCCUUAUUUUUUCUAAUGACUGCGUUUGGGUGGAGAUGGGAAAGAUCUAGGAGUCGAUAGUCGUAGAGAUUUAGUUCCUACAGAACUAUUAUAAGAUUUAUGGAACGAGACGUGAACUUUAUUGUGUACCUAAUUUUUCUUAAAUCAAAAUUGCCUAUAUUUUGUUUUA